AUGGGGGUCUUAAACUCAGUUUUGUCACCUUCUGAGAGAUUGACUUACCGUGGAGAUGGAUCUGAAAUGAUUCCAUUUCAAAAUUGUGUGGAGCAUUGCGGGUUAGUAGAUGUGAAGUACUCGGGGUCUUUUUUUACUAGGAAUAAUAAGCAAGAAGGUCGAGCCCACGUAUAUGCCAAAAUUGACAGAGUUAUGGCUAAUGGGCAAUGGUUAGAUAAGUAUGCUAAUGUUGAGGUUUUUUUUUUCCUAGAAGGAUAUUUUGAUCAUACCCCUUGUUUGGUGAAUUUUUCUUCAGUCAAGGAGACUCGAAAAUCGUUCAGAUAUUUCAACUUCUGGAGUAGCUAUAAAGAUUUUCAUGGGAAGGUGGCAGAGACCUGGAAUGAUGAUGUAAAAGGGACUCUAAUGUUUUGUUUGAUUAGAAAAUUAAAGAGGCUAAGAGGAGUAUUAACAAAGUUUAAUAAAGAGGGUAAAGGGGAUGUGUUUGUUCAGGAUAUUGAGAAGUAUAAGAGGCUGAUAGAGAUUCAGGCAAAAAUAAAAGAAGACCUUGGUAAUGUUCAGUUGAUGAAUGAGGAAAUAAUUUGUAGGGAAGAUUAUCAGCAAGCGUAUUAUGAUUUGAUUCAUUUCUUGAAACAGAAGGUGAAAAUGGAGUGGUUGAAAAAUGGGGAUGAAAACACAAAAGUUUUCCAUAGUAGUAUUAGAAGUUGGCACAUUCAUAAUUCUAUUUACUCUAUAUGGGAUGUGAAAGGGAAGUUGGUUACAGAGCAGCAAGCAAAGUUUUUGCAGAAGGCUUACACUAAGGAUGAUGUUAAAGCAGCCCUUUUUUCGAUACCAGAUGAGAAGGCGUUGGGGUCAGAUGGGUACAGUAGUGCUUUUUUCAAGCAUACAUGGGAUAUUACUGGUCAGGAUUUAGUUCAGUCAGUUCUAUCUUUUCUUCAUUCAGGUAGGAUUCUUAAGAAGAUUAAUACAACAACUUUAACUCUUAUUCCCAAAACCAGCUGCCCAAAGAAUGUCAGUGAAUAUAGACCAAUUGCUUGUUGCAAUGUGGUUUACAAAAUUGCUACAAAGCUCAUAUGUUCGAGGCUUAGAGAGAUUCUACCUUCAAUUAUCUAUGAAAAUCAGAGUGGCUUUAUUCAAGGCAGAAAUAUAGCUCAUAAUAUAAUGAUUUGUCAAGAUUUGGUGAGAGGUUAUGGAAGGAAAAAUGCUAGAUUGGCUUGUAUAAUAAAAAUUGAUCUUCUAAAAGCUAAUGACACUUUGGAUUGUUAUAUUCACUCAAAGAGAGGUUUAAGGCAAGGGGAUCCAAUGGCACCUUUGCUGUUUGUAAUUGGAAUGGAGUAUCUUUCAAUAAUAAUGAUUAAAGUUGCUCAGCAACAAGAUUUCACGUAUCAUCCAAGGUGUGAAAGUCUGAAACUCACUCAUCUUUAUUUUGCGGAUGAUUUGCUUCUGUUUAGCAGAGGAGAUUUCAAGGCUAUAUAUGUAUUACUAAGAGGCUUUCAAUUGUUUACUGAGAGUUUAGGAUUGCAAGCAAAUAAAAAGAAGUCUGCCAUAUAUGGUGUGGGGUUGCAGGAAGAGGAUUGGGCUCAGAUUACUGACAUGGCAGGGAAAUAUAUUUGGGCAAUAGCUAAGAAGGAAGACAACUUAUGGGUGAAAUGGGUUCAUACUGUGUACGUAAAAGAGGAUGAUUGGUGGAGUUAUAUAGCUCCAAUCACAAGUAGUUGGUAUUGGAAAAGAGUGGUCAAGACUAAGAAUGAGUUAAUGGAAGUUUAUAUGCAAAAUGUAAUAAGUUGGCCAAGCUAUAGUAUUGCUAAAAUGUACAAGCUGCUAAAGGACAAAACAGAUACAAGAUGGAAGUUCUCUCAUAUUAGGGAUAGGCUAGGUAUCCCUAAACACAAGUUUGUGACCUGGUUGAUGUUAAAGAAAAGGUUGUCAACUAGAGAUAGACUCACAAGAUAUGGUAUUGCACAGGACCCUUGUUGUGUUAUCUGUGGUCAGUUGGAAGAGUCUCAUAGACAUUUAUUCUUUGAAUGUCAGUUUAGUAAGCAGUGUAUGUUUCAUAUACUGAGUUGA